CAAGACUUGGUUUUGUGAGGAACAGCGAGGGAGCGAACGGGCGCACCAUGCAGCUGCGGCAUCUCUCGACAGUACUCCCGCCCACGGAGGGCAUGUGCAAGGUUACUGCCAUUGCGUGGUCUCCAAACAAUCGCCGCCUUGCAGUCGUGACCGUGGAGCGUGUCGUCCACAUGUUUGACGCGUCAACCGGGGAACGAAAAGACAAAUUCUCGACCAAACCAGCGGAAAAGGGUGACAAGAACUACGUAGUCAAGGCGCUCGCGUUCUCGCCAGACUCGUCCAAGUUGGCCGUUGCACAAAGCGACAACAUUGUGUUCAUUUACAAGCUUGGCCUCGAAUGGGGCGACAAAAAGUCGAUCUGCAACAAGUUUUUGCAAACAGCGAGCGUCACGAGUAUGGUAUGGCCCACAUCGCAUCCGAACGAAAUCGUAUUUGGGCUGAGCGACGGAAAAGUCAAACUCGGCCAGUUGCGCAGCAACAAGCCUGCCACGUUGUAUGCGACGGGGUCGUACGUGAGCACGCUAUGCACGAACGUCGAGGGAACAGCGAUUUUGUCGUCGCACUACGACCAGAGUAUUUACCGGUUCAUCUUCGAUGACGUGAACGGCGGAUCGACGCAGACCAAGAUCGCGAUCCAUUCGUGCGUCCCGUACGCGCUGUCGUGGGGCGAAGCGAUCGUCGCGGCCGGGAACGACCGGAAAGUCACGUUCUACGACAAGGACGGUGGGAUGGUGCGAUCCUUUGACUACGCGUCCGAGGACAAGUGCGGCGAAUUCACGACAUCCGUUUUCAAUCCGACGGGCGACAGUUGCGUUGUCGGCAACUUCAACUCCUUCUAUGUAUUCAACUACCUCGUCAAGACCGAUUCGUGGGAAGCUGUCGGCGUCAAGACGGUCGAAAACCUCUACUCGGUCACGAGUUUGGGGUGGAAGUUCGACGGAUCGCGCCUUGCGGUGGGCUCGGUCUGCGGCGCGCUCGACUUGUACGACGCGUGCGUGCGGCGCUAUCGGUACAAAGGCAAGUUUGAGUUCACCUACGUGAGCCUUAGCCAAGUGAUUGUGAAGCGUAUCGCGACGGGGGCCCGUGUCAUUGUUCGAUCGUCUUUCGGGUGUGAAAUCACCAAGAUCAACGUGUUCCAAGAUCGGUUUCUCAUUGCCAACACGAGCAGCACGCUGCUCGUUGGCGACCUCGACACGGCGAAACUGAGCGAAGUCCAGUGGCAGUCGUUGGGGUCGGAGAAGUACAUGUUUGAGAACCCGACCGUGUGCAUCAUCUACCAAGCGGGCGAGCUGUCUCUGAUCGAGUACGGACAGAGCGAGAUCCUUGGCAGUGUGCGCACGGAGCACUUGAACUUGCACUUACUCAGCGUCCGCAUCAACGAGCGUCCUGUCCUCACGGACGGAAAGCCCAUGGAAGAUAACAAGAAGAUGGCGUUCCUGCUCGACUUGCAAACGAUCUCGGUCAAGGACAUGCACAACCACACGUCGACCACCAUCAAUCAUGACUCACGGGUCGACUGGCUCGAGCUCAACGCGCACGCAAACUUGCUCCUCUUCCGCGACAAGCGCCGCCAACUGCACCUCUUUGACAUGGACACCCAGACACGCAGUACCCUGCUCAACUAUUGCAACUACGUCCAGUGGGUGCCCGACUCGGACGUGGUUGUGGCCCAGAAUCGGACGAGCUUGUACGUGUGGUACAACAUUCGCAGCCCGGACAAGGCCACGAUUUAUCAAAUUAAAGGGGAUGUCGAGCAAAUUGAAAGAGGCAAUAAUCGCACCGAGGUAAUCGUGGAUGAAGGCAUGAACACGGCGAGCUACCAGCUGGACGAGUCGCUCAUUAACUUUGGGACGGCCAUCGACGACAUGCAACUCUUACGUGCCAUGAGCAUCUUGGAGCCGCUUGAACUGACGCCAGAGACAGAAGCGAUGUGGAUGCAAUUGAGUGCCGAAGCAUUGAAAUGCAACGACCAUCGCAUUGCCGAGAGAUGCGUGGCGGCGCUGGGCGACGUGUGCCGGUGCCGGUACCUGCGCAAGGUGAACAAAGUCGACUGGAUGGAGAAGGGUCGAAUGGGCGAAGGAAUGGUCCAUUGGAAGGUUCGGUCCAAGCUUGCGCAACUCAAGAACGACUACCGCAGUGCCGAGCAUAUUCUCCUGAGUCAAGGUCAGGUGGAUGAAGCAAUUGAAAUGUAUCAAAUCCUGCACAAGUGGGAAGACGCGAUUCGCGUUGCGGAGGCCAAGAACCACAGCGCGAUCGACACCAUGAAGCGCCAGUACGCCGAGUACCUGCUCAGUUCUCGUCAGGAAGAAAAAGCUGCCGUGCUCAAGGUCAAGGAAGGCGACUUCCCUGCCGCCGUUCACUUGUACCUCAAGGGCGGGUUACCUGCGAAAGCGGCGCAACUAUUGAACGAGCGCAACCUUGGCCGCGAUCACAAGGGGCUCAUGGAAAGCGUCGCCGAUGCGUUGUACACGGCGGGCAUGUUCGAAAAAGCCGGUGACCAGUUCGAAAAGAUGGAUCAAGAAGAUCGGGCGUUGGCAGCGUUCAUCAAGGCAAAUGCGUACCGCAAGGCGGUCGAACUCAGCCGCCGCGUGUUCCCAGAUCGUGUCAUGAAGCUCGAAGAAAGCUGGGGCGACUACCUCGUAUCGCAGAAACAAAUGGACAUGGCUAUCAACCAUUACAUCGAAGGCAACGUCCCGACCAAAGCUGUGGAGGCGGCGCUUAAUUCGCGCCAGUGGGCCAAAGCUGGCCAAAUGGUCGAAACUCUUGACGAUGACAUUGCUCUGCCGUACUACCGCCGCCUUGCGCGACAUUACCAAGAUGCCCAACAGUACGAACAGGCGGAACGGUGCUUUAUCAAGGCGGACGCAGCAAAGGACGCAGUCGAAAUGUACACGCGCGCAAACAAGUGGGAUGCAGCGUAUCAGGUGGCACUGAACCACAUGGACAAGUACGAGACGGAGCGGUUGUAUGUCGAGCAAGCGCACCGCAUGGAGCGUCAAGGCAAGUUAAAAGAGGCCGAGAAGCUGUUUUUGACCGUGAACGAGCCCGACUUAGCCAUCAACAUGUACAAGAACCACAAGAAUUACGAGCAAAUGAUUCGACUUGUGACCAAGUAUCGCAAGGAUUUACUCAAGGACACGCACUUGUACCUGGCGCAGCAGCUCGAACACGAAGGAAAUUUCAAAGAGGCCGAACAUCACUUUGCCGAAGCGGGCGAGUGGCAAGCUGCAGUCAACAUGUAUCGUACAAACGACAUGUGGGACGAAGCGAUACGUGUGGCCAAGUACCAUGGCGGCAUCAACGCAUCGAAGCGCGUGGCGUAUGCAUGGGCCAUGAGUUUGGGUGGCGAGGCGGGGUCGAAGCUGCUGACGCGACUGGGUUUGAUUGAACCUGCCAUCGAUUACGCGAUCGAGAGCGGCGCGUUCGAACACGCGUUUGAGCUCGCGCGGAACUGCGCCCCCAAGAAAGUGCCCGAAGUCCAUUUAAAACAUGCCCUCUUCUUGGAAGACGAAGAGCGGUUCAAGGAGGCCGAAGAAGAGUUUGUCAAGGCCGUCAAGCCCCGCGAAGCCGUCGACAUGUACAUCCACCAGCAGGAUUGGCAAAACGCCAUGCGUGUGGCGGAGACGAACGAUCCCGCCAGCGUCUCCGAUGUGUUCAUUGCGCAAGCUCGUCUGUGGGUUGAACGAAAGGAAUUUGCGCGUGCUGAGGGCUUCUUCUUGAACGCUGGCAAGCCCGAGCUUGCCCUUGCGGCGUACACUGAAGCACUCAUGUGGAACGACGCAAUGCGACUCGCGAAGCGGCACUUGCCGCAUAAGUUGAGCGAAGUCAACAUGGCUCACCAACGCGCAAUCUUUUCCGGUGGGCCCAAAUCCAAAGAAGAGUUGCUCGAAGCGUGUGAGAUUUGGGUGUCGUGCCAGCAGUACGUGCAAGCCAUCGACGCUUACUUGUCCAUCACGAACGAGCAGCUGGAUAACCCGACGGGACUCGAAGAAAUUUGGGGACUCGCCGUCGAGCUCGCGUCCAAGCACGACCGCGGCCGGUACAAGUCGGUCGUUGAGGAAGUUGCGUCCCGGUUGCUGUCGAUGUCCAUGUUCGAUGCGGCUGCCAAUUAUUUCAAGUCCAUUGACAAGAUGAGCGAAGCGCUGGAUUGCUACCUCCGGACAAACAACUGGGUCGAUGCGCAAAAGAUGUGCGAGCAGCAUGCCCCAGAGUUGUUGCCUCGACUGGAGCGCGCGCAACAGGCGUCGGCAUUUGGAUCGUCGAGUGACGCAAAGAAGGAAGACAAACUAUCGAGCAUGGGGACGUCCUCGAGCAGCAUAACGAGCGACCGCGAUGACGAUGCGAAGGGUGCUAAGGGGAGCGACCACCACCGCAGCGAGAAAGCGACGAGUGGAAGCAGUUCGUCAUCGUCCGAGGCCAAGGAGAACGGGAAUGCCCUCGAAGUCUGGAUGCAGCGUGGUGAGUGGGACAAAGUCCUCACGUCCGCCGCCAAGCACGGCCCAAAGUCGCUGGCCAAAUACCUCGUUGUAAGGUGCACGCGCCUUGUGGAGCACGACGACCCGGACACGGCUGUGAACACGAUCAACCAGUACGGAAUUCCCCUGGAAGCAGACGCGCUCGAAAUGGUCCAAGUUGUCGUGAAGAAGAGCCUUGGUUGCAAGGUCACUGUCGAGUCAUCCCCAGAACAUGCCACGGCCGUCGCGACAAUCGUCAAGUGUCUCCGCAAAUUGAUCAAGGAGCUCAAGGCGGCCAAGGACAUGGCGACUGUCGCGAAAAUGGAGCAGUACUUGCUGAUUGCGCAUUAUUGUUCAUUCAAGUAUGCGGCGCAGGCGGCGGGUCUCACGGACAUUGCAUGCAAGAUCUCCAUGUCGCUGCUACGAUUCAUCGGGACGUUGCCCGCCGACAAGAUGUUCUUCUUGGCCGGAGCAGCUUGUCGUGAAAAAAAGUGGCUCAGUCCAGCGUUUGUCUUCUUCAACCGGUACUUGGACUUGACGGAAGCCAUCGAUGAUGGCACGACCAGCAACCUGGACAACUCGGACUUUUUGGGCACGGAUAUUCCAUCGCCGCGCGAUUUCAGCGUGCCGGAGGACCAGUAUCUCCCGGAGGAAAGCGCCCGCGAAGAGAUCCGAGACUGGGUAUUGACCAUCUCGAUGGACCAGCAAGUGCAGGAGAAGCUGCCGGAGAAGCCGUGCCCCAACUGCCAAGCCUCCAUCUACGAAGGCAACUUGCAGUGCGCUGAAUGCAAGACCAAGUUCGAGUCGUGCAUCAUCACAGGGUUCCCUGUCGGUGCCAAGACGACGGUGCAUUGUACCAAUUGCAAGGUCAUCGCGGACAGAGAGAGUUGGAACAAGUGGAUCAAGCAGUUCGGGUCGUGCGGGUGGUGCUCCGCGCCGCAAAAGAUGAGUUAUUAGUGCAACCAGGUACAGUCAACCUGCCCCACCAUCGACCACUUCUCGCCACGGCCAUUGUGUGUCGUGCCUCCUAACGUCCAUAACAUGUACAUGUGCAUCUUCA